AUGUUCCCAAUUCAUGUCCUCUUCCGUCAUCUUUUGUUUGUCUAAACUGCUGUCUUGGAAACCAUGGAUUCCUGGGAAGCAGCUCCAAUUCUUAAAACCAUGGAGUUCAGGGUUAUUAACCCAGAGAGUGCUGACAAAAGAUGCAUCUUCAGAUUUACUAGAACUGAAUGAGAAAGAUUUGGAAGAACAAUUUGUCAGGGGACAUGGCCCCGGAGGACAGGCUACAAACAAAACCAAUAACUGUGUUGUAUUAAAGCAUAUUCCUUCUGGUAUAGUAGUUAAGUGUCACCAAACAAGGUCCAUGGAAGUAAAUAGGAUAAGAGCUCGAAGAAUACUUCAAGAAAAAGUUGACCUUUUCUUUAAAGGAGAAAACAGUGAUGUCUUCAAGCAAAAAGAAGAGGCAGAAAGGAAAAAACUAGAGAAAAGGAAAAAAGCCAAAGAUAAUUUGGAAAAGAAAAAACAUUUGAAAGAAAUGCAGAAUAUAGAAAUUAAGUAGAGUGUGUUACAGUGGUAUCUAUCUGUAAAGACAAGGAUUGUAGUGGUAUUCAAAAUUAUAAUUUACCCAAUAAAAAUUAAAAUUGGGUAGAUUGUAAAUGCAAGCUUUUGAGACAUCUUAGGACUCUUCUGGUGGAAAACGUUUAUUUAUUUUUUAAAUCAACUGGUGAAAGAAAGUUACACAGAUUUGUAAGUUACCUUUAUUAAAAAUCUUAAUCCUUCCAAUACUUAUUAGCUGCUGUAUACUACAGAGGAAAUGCUUUUCUUUUUGGAUUUCUCUUCUGUCACGACCACAGUGCUCUCUGCUGAUCUCUGCUGUCCAUUUUAGGAACUGUCCAGAGCAGGAGAAAAUCUCCAUAGCAAACAUAUGCUGCUCUGGACAGUUCCUAAAAUGGACAGCAGAGAGCACUGUGGUCAUGACAGAAGAGAGAUCCUCUGUAGUAUACAGCCCCUAAAAAGUACUGGAAGGAUUAAGAUUUGUUUAAUAGAAGUAAUGUACAAGUCUGUUUAUCUUUCUGGCACCAGUUGAUUUAAAAAAAAAAAAAGUUUUCCACCGGAGUACCCCUUUAAGGUUUGGGCGGUACAAUGCUUGAGCACAGAGGGGGAGAUUUAUCAAAACCUGUACAGAGGAAGAGUGGUGCAGUUGCCCAUGGCAACCAGUCAGAUUUUUUUUUCAGUUUUCACAGGUCUUUUAAAAUGAAAGAAGCAAUCUGAUUGCCAUGAGCAACUGCACCACUCUUUCUCUGCACAGUUUUUGAUAAAUCUCCCCAUAUAAUGUCUGAUAAAAAGACCUAAGCUGUCUUAAAAUAUUGUAUAUGUAUAUUACUCAAUUCAGCCAUUCUAAACUUCAAGGUAUGUUAAUGUUGCUGCCACACUCAACAAAUGGACUGGUUAAAAGUUGUGUAUGUGUAGCAUAUCAGCAUAAAAUAUAUUUCAGAGCAAUAAAGUGUAUUGAUGAAUUAAU